UAUUAUAUUAUUAUAUUUAUACAGAUUAACACGGUUACCUCAUUUGGCUACCCAAUUGAAACUUACCAAAUAGAAACCGAAGACCACUAUAUUCUAACAGUAUUCAGAAUACCACAUGGUCGAAAUUCUACAACUUCUAACAAUCUUCCAAUUCUACUUAACCAUGGAAUGUUGGGAUCAGCAGAAAACUACAUUUGGCUAGGCCCUCAGAGAUCUUUAGCCUACAUUUUGGCUGACAAGGGAUACGAUGUAUGGUUAAUGAAUUGUAGAGGAACAUCUUACAGUAAAAAACACACAAGCUUGAGUCCAAAUGAGAAACAAUUUUGGAAUUUUUCAUUUCACGAAAUAGGUGUUUAUGAUAUACCAGCUGUAAUUGACUAUAUUCUAAAUGUUACACACCAAAGCAGCCUUUAUUAUGUGGGCCAUUCACAAGGAUGUACCACAGUUUUUGUCAUGGGUUCGGAAAGACCAGAGUAUAAUGAAAAAAUUAAGUUGGCAGUUGCUCUGGCUCCAGGAGCAAUUUAUAAAAAUUUUAACGAACCUUGGGUAUUAUGGUUACUCAAUCAUAUUCCAAUAAAGGAAGUAGAGCUUUUAGCAGAUGCACUUCAAUUGUAUCAAAUCCCCCCACCAUAUUUCUCCGAAAAUGAUAUAGCAGAGAUGGCAACAAUGUUCUGCGUAGAAAAUAAGUUUCUAAAGAAAACCUGUAAAAUGCAAAUGGAAAUGAUGUCCAAAUCGAUGGUGGACAAUGUAGAUGAGGCGGAUAUACCAUCCAUAUUUAGUACAUUAGUUAACACAAUCUCAGUAAAACAGGGUUUCCAUUAUGGUCAGUUGAUCCUAUCAGGAAAUUUUCAAAAUUACGACUACGGUCCGAAGAUAAACCAACAGAAAUACAAUUCUACUUCUCCUCCGUUAUACAAUCUACAAAACAUAAAGUAUGCAACUGCUUUGUUUUCUGGAAAAACUGAUGAAUUGGUCACACCAGAGGACACCCAACUUUUAGCAAGUCAACUGCCAAACCUGGUACACUAUUCGACAGUUCCUUUACCUCGAUUUAGUCAUGUCGACUUUAUUAUUAGUAAGAGUAGUAGAAAUCUUUUAUAUAAACCAAUUUUAAAACUAUUGCGCAAAUUUAAAAAUAAAUGA